AUGGGAGGGCCCAAGACUACAAAUGUCCUGUCAAUAAACUCUAUGUCGGCCAUAACACCGGUCCAGGUAUCUCCUCUGGCGUAUACGGGACCCCAAAUGGGUGGUUCUGGGACUAACCAGAGCGUUCUGGGUCCCAUGAAUGGGCUUACUAACGACCACUUUCUUUCGAAUAGGUCUGCCAGUCUUCCACAUGCACCGGUCGUUUAUCACGGCCAGGAUUACUAUGGUAGUGUUCAGGGAACUAGCCAACCAGGCAGGCUGGUGUUUUAUGCUACUGGGCAACAUAGUCAAGGUACCAGUCCACCUAAAGGCCCGCUCUCGUAUCCAACACACAAUGCACCUACGGGACAUCACAAUGCCACCCAGCCUGAAGGGUAUGCGAAUCAACAGAUAAAUUUCACACAUCCCAUGUACGGACAAAAUCACUCGGGUUCUCAGGGUGGCCCGGGUGGCCCCAAUUCGGGCCAGCCAGCCUAUAAUGGGACUUACGAUUACCAAAUGAUGCCAUAUUCAGUUCAACAGCCAGUUUACUACCCAGUGUAUUCACAACUUCCCUAUCAUCAGGUAGAGGAAAAUAACGCGUUAGUGAACAAAAGGAGAAUUAUUAAGAGAAGGACGAGAACUGGAUGUCUUACUUGUCGCAAAAGGAGGAUCAAGUGUGAUGAGAGAAAACCUUAUUGCUUUAAUUGUGAACGGUCCAAGAAGGUUUGUCUCGGGUAUGAAAACUUGUCAAAACUGAGGAAGAAGAGUAAGCCCGAUUCAGAUUCUAAUUCCAAUGAUGAUGAUGAAAAAGAUUAA